UUCCCCAGCGAGAUAAGGGCUAAUAAAACGCUUGAGGUGGCGUUUUGAGGACAUGGCAUGAAGACGUUUGAUCUGGACUCAAGCUGUAGGCCUACCAGUCAGAUGAUUAACUCAGUGGAGGAGGAGGACAUUGCGGAUAUCAGGGCCUACUUUUCCACAACAAAAUGGAACCGCCUCUGUAUGGCAGAGAAAAAAAGAUUCCUGCAGAUCAAGGAAAACCAUUUGGUUAUGUCGUCUCUUGGCCUGUCCUUUGUGGCUCCAGCCUUCAUGAGGAGAGAGAAGCCCGGCCAGGUGAGAGUCUGCUCACCUGAAGAGACGGACUAUGAGGAGGAGCAGCUCUGGACCUCUGGAUUGACCGGUGCUCGAGUGUGGAAGCCACCAACAGUCAGACAGGGGUCUCUCCAACAGCCCAGUACGUCAGAUGCAGUUUCUGUACAGAGUCUCUCAGGGCGGGGGUGGAGUGACCAGGAGGUCUCUGGAGGGACCACUCCUUCUCAUCCAGAGAUCGACCCCCCCGGAGGAGGAGUAGAGAGGGGCUCUGCAGUCCAGGAGGAGGUCUCCUUGGUUCUCCAUGAACAUGUGAAGGACUCAAGUGUUUAUUCAAGAGAGACGAACCUGAGAAAAGUUCUCAGAGUUAACUACCAAGAACCGGAAGUACCUAAGGAUGACGACUACUUCUUCUGUGAUGAGUGUAGGACUUUCUUCCUCGAAGAGUGCGAGGUCCACGGUCCUAUCGUCUUCAUGGCUGAUCGCCCCGUUGCUGUCGGAGAGAAAGACAGAGCCAAGAAGACGCUGCCCGCUGGGUUUGAGAUCAGAGAUUCUGGGAUCCCUGGGGCCGGUCUAGGGGUGUUUUACUGUGGAGACGGUGGCCUUCCCAUUGGAACACACUUUGGACCCUACGAAGGACACAGGACAGAUGAAGAGGGAGCCCUGGAGAGUGGAUACUCCUGGGAGAUCUACAAGAGCAGACACAAUGAUUACAUUGAUGCAAAGAGAGAGACACUUUCUAACUGGAUGAGGUACGUCAAUUGUGCUCGUAAUGAAGAGGAACAGAACCUAAUAGCGUUUCAGCACAAAGGAGGGAUUCUGUAUCGCUCCUGUGGCCUCGUGACUUCAGGAGCAGAGCUCUUGGUCUGGUAUGGGGACGAAUACGCCAGACAUCUGGGAAUCGGAUUUGAUCGACUGUGGAACAACAAGAGCUCUACUAAAGGAGGGAGAUCCCAGCUGACACCAGCACAGGCUUUCCCCUGUCCCGAGUGUCCGUACUCCUACACGUCUCAGAUCUUCCUCCACAAACACAUGAAGAGGAGCCAUGGCGACCUGUACGGCCGACUGCUGAGGAGUGGAGAAAUCAAGGUGGAGCCUAGUCUCCUCCCAUACGUCGCAGCCUCCUAUCAAGAACCAAUCGGAGCCUCCCCGGGAACCGUCCAAAGCACGAGCCAGAUUCCAGCAGAAGGAGCCGGACAACACAGAUCAUUGCAGAAAGGACAGUACAGGCUGGUGGGGAAGAUGAUUGCCCUCUGCCUGGUGCAGGGGCAGGUCUCUCCGAGAUUCCUAUCACAGCGCCUCUACAGACAGAUUGCAGAUGCCACACAUGUGGAAGGUGCCAGGGAGGCUAUGGAGGAGGCCACAGACGAGCUCUCCCUCAUGGGCUCCUUCUCCUUUGUGCGGAGCCUCCCGCAUAGGGAUGAGCUGCUGGGGGCAGCCCUCAACUUCCUCACAGAGGGCCCUAUUUUGACUGCUCUCAAUCAAUUCAAAGAAGGGUUGGAGACCUUCGGGAUUCUAGCUCUUUUGAGGAUCCACCAUGAGGAGCUCAAGGGGGUCUUCAUGGACACACCUGAGCCGCUGCUGGCCUCCCGGUUGGAGUCCACAUUCAUGACGUCCUACCUGUCUGAGCCGGGCUCCAAUCGGAGGAGGAAGGAGGCCAGGACCCUUAUAUAUUGGAGGGACUGGCUGAUCGAGGUGGAGGAUGGAGAUACGAGUCUCACCCUGGGGGCGGUUCUGGCGUUUGCCACGGGCCUCAAAAGGAUUCCUGCUGUGGGUUUUCCCAUCGGACCCCGGCUUGAAUUCCUCCAUGAGGAAGAUGGACCGGCCCUUUUCCCCACGGCCAAUACCUGUUCCCUGGUCCUCAGGCUACCGGUGUAUCCGGAGUACAAUCGAUUUAAGGAGGCCAUGGAGGAAGGUGCCCAACCCCGUGGAAGGACGCUUGGAGUGCCCCACACACACACAGGGAAGGACGCUUGGAGUGCCCCACACACACA